GAGAGCAGAGGUGAUCUUAGUCUCAUCAGUACAGGAUAACAGAACCAUGAUGGGUUGAUUUUGGGGGGUUGGGGAGGCGGUUGGGUUUGGAAGUGUGCAUUUGCCACCACUUGCUGAGCCAUGGAGACCAACAAAGUUCUUCAUUUUGUGCCUUCCGAGGCGCCUCCAUCUGGGAUGUCCAAGAAUGGAUACUUCUUUCAAGAAAUGGAGCAGCGGGAGGCGGAGCAAGAGGAGGACAGCGAGUGCCGAGAGGAGGGACAGGACCUACCGAUCGCCUGCGGCGAAGACAUCCACCUCUAUGACAACCAGAUCAGCCCUGGGCCAGAUGCCGAUGACUCUGGCUGUGUCCUCCUCAACACAUCAAGACGGUAUGUGAAGCUCAUGAACUUCGAGGAGGAGGUUCGGGCACACCGGGACUUGGAUGGCUUCCUGGCGAGGGCUAGCAUAUUGUUGGAUGAGACAGCCGCCUCCCUGGACGACGUCCUCAAGAGAAUGUUGCACCACGUAGGCGAGGACAGCCACGUGUCCGAGCCCGGGUGCAACUUUGAAGAGGUGAUGAGCAUGCUUUUCACUGAUGCAGGAGCUCAGGAGGUCAACGAGAAGUCUCAAAGUUUCGUUUUCUUUGAUGACGUUCAUCUGCUGUCUGAGACAAUCCAAGGCGUGACGGCGACGGCCACCGGGGUCCAGUACCAACAGUCCUGGCUCUGCAUCCUCUGCAACGUCAAACAUCUCCAGAGGCGUCAUGUGUGUAUCUCUCGUCUGGAAAGGCCGCAAAACUGGGGGGAGAACUGCUGCGAGGUCCGCUAUGUCAUCCUGAUACUCGCCCCGUCCAAAAUGAAAAGCACCAAGACAGCGAUGGAGCUGGGCAGGACGUUUGGCACCCUUUUCUCUGACAUCUCCUUCAGGCAGAAGCUGUUGGAGACAAAGACACAGGAGGAGUUUAAGGAGGCUUUGGUGUUCCAGAGGCACCAGCUCACAGCGGCCAACCAGCAGCCCAUCGCUCUGGGGAAGAAGGAGACGGUCCCGCGCAAUCACAAACCUCUCAAGUGUAAAGAUUUCUUCAAAGCCGGCCGAGGGAUUUAUGAGGACCUGCGUCGCAGACUGCCUUUCUACCCUUCUGACUUCACAGAUGGUAUAGUUGGAAGUAAUAAAACCCUGCUGAAGUACAUGACCACAGCCAUCUUCCUCUACAUCGCCAUCCUCCUCCCCGCCAUCGCUUUCGGCUCCCUCAACGACGAGAGCACCCGUGGCGAAAUCGAUGUUCGGAAGACUAUCAUUGGCCAGAGCAUCGGUGGAGUCAUCUACUCGUUGUUUGCUGGCUCCCCUUUAGUUAUCCCUCUCACCACUGCUCCCCUCGCCAUCUUCAUCAGCGUGAUCCGAGGAAUCUGUGAUGACUACAACUUGGAUUUCCCAGCUUUCUAUGCCUGCAUCGGUUUGUGGAACUGCCUCUUCCUCAUCUUGGGAGGGAUCUUCAACGUUAGUCUGCUGAUGAAGCUCUUUAAAAGGUCAACAGAAGAGGUCAUUGCCCUGUUCAUUUCCAUUGCAUUUGUAGUUGAUGCUGUCAAAGGAACAGUCAAAAUCUUUCAGAGGUACUACCACGCUCCAGGUCUGGAAAACCGGAGCAUAGAGGACCUUCCUCAGGUUGGAGACCUGCAGGGAGGAAACAGGAGUGAGGUGAUGGUCGGGUCGGUGUUCAAUGCUCUGCCUGAAUCUUUCAUCCAGUGCACUCGAGAGAGGCCCGUCCUUUGCCUCCUGCUGAUGCUCGGGACAUUAUGGAUGGGCUAUACCCUCUACCAGUUCAAAAGAAGUCCGUUCCUGCAUGCCAAAGUGAGGGAAGUGCUGUCGGACUGCGCCCUGCCCAUCUCAGUGCUGCUGUUCUCCUUCAUCGGCUCCUACAUUUUUAGCGAUAUUGAGCUUCCAGUGUUUAAGGUUCACAAUCGGCCGAUCUUCAACGUGGCUCCGUUCGAGCGGCUGUCGGCCAUGAACGUUGUCAGUGCCAUGGGACUCGGCUUCCUCCUGGCUCUCCUCAUUUUCAUCGACCAGAACAUCGUUGUUUCGCUCACCAAUGCCCCAGAGAACAGGUUGCUGAAGGGCACAGCGUAUCACUGGGACCUGAUGCUCUCCGGCCUCAUUAACAUCCUGAUGUCGGUGCUGGGGUUGCCCUGGAUGCACGCUGCCUUCCCCCACUCCACCCUCCACGUGCGCCAGCUGGCUUUCGUGGAGCAGCGCGUGGAGGGGGGGCACCUCUACGAGACCAUCGUCCAGGUGAAGGAGACCCGGCUGACGUCUCUGGCUGCCAACAUCUUCAUCGGCGUGUCUCUGCUGCUGCUGCCCGUUCCGCUGCAGUGGAUCCCCAAACCCGUCCUGUACGGCCUCUUCCUCUACAUCGCCCUCACCUCCAUCGACGGGAACCAGAUGUGUGACCGCAUGGCUCUCCUCCUGAAGGAGCAGACGUCAUACCCACCUACCCACUACAUCCGCAAAGUGCCCCAGAGGAAGAUCCACUACUUCACCUUCCUGCAGAUGAUGCAGCUGCUGGUGCUGUGCACAUUCGGCAUGUACCCAAUACCGUACAUGAAAAUGAUCUUCCCUCUGGUCAUGAUCCUCCUAAUCCCAAUCAGGAACAACGUGCUUCCUCAUAUCAUUGAGGCCAAAUACCUGGACAUCAUGGAUGCCCAACACAUGUAGCUUCACCAGGAUUCAAGCUCUGGAUCCUCACAAAGUCCAUGGGAGGGAGAGGGAAAGGGGGAAAAAAUGGAAAAAGGAUGAACAAAAACAUAUUUUUUGAUGCAAAACUACAUGGGUGCAAAUAGGGGGAUAAAAAGAAACAAAAAUCACGGACUGUUUAGAUUUUUUUUGAAGAAGUCUGCUGAAGCACUGGAAACGCGGGGAAGCCGAGGGAGGAAGAGAGCCGAGCGUUUGGGUCCGACGUUUUCCAAAAGAGCGAACAGAAGAUUUCUCUGUGAAACAAACAUUCUCCAAGAAAAGUGACUGUUCCCGUCUCGCCUCUGUUUGAGCACGUCGGACCGUGCGGUGCCAUAACAAGUUUCACGUUCUCGUUUCACAGCUUCGACCUUUUUAUGGUAACGCUUUACGAUAUCCUUUUUGCAGUGUGUGGGGCAAGUGCUUCAAGAAUUCUCUGAUGCUGUGGAAGUAAUAAUAAUAAAUAAAAAAUAGAAUACAAGAAAUGCUGCAAGGGUACAUUAGAUUGUACCAAGAAAGGGGUUAAUGGCACAAUGUAAGUAUGAACCUGAUCGCUUUUUGACACUUUGCACUUAUGUUGUCUUUACACAGUUACAGGUGUGUCUCGAUACGUCGGCGAUCAUAAAAAACUUGUUUUGUUUUGGUAAAUCUGUUUCAAAUGUGAGUCUAUAUGAAUGUGCAACAAAAAGCAAGUAUUUUUCUUUUCUUUUAGUUAUGAAAACCUAUAAUUUUGCCUCUCAGAAGUUAAAAUUUUUACAUAAGACCAAUUAAGAGGCAUAUUUUCAAUACAGAAAUGUAUUGAGGCAUGAGGAAUUUAGCUGAUUUAACGGUUUCCAGCAGAAACUGGUUCUUCAAGGGUGAUCCAGUCACUGGAAAGUUAAGUGGAAGGACAAAAAACCCAACAAAUUCUUGAUUUUCUGAUUAUUUUUCUGAUUUACCGAGAUGCACCUAUGUAUGGGUAAAUGUUUUACCCACAUACACUGUGUUUAAAAGAACCUAAAUACUUUGAACGGGUCAGUUUAGAGCACUGCAUUUCGGCCACUGUAAAGUCCGCCUUUUCCUCGUCUUUGUGCAGCGUUCCAGCCUUUUGCAUUUCUGCACCUUUUAGCUGCUGCUGCGGAUGACCCUUGCGCACAUACAUGUUUAGUUUUCAGAGUCAUUCCAACAAGUGUCAACAUUUGUACCAGGAGGAAAUCACAGAGGGUGUGUGUGUGUGUCCAUGUGUGCGUGCGCGCGUGAGUGUGUAGGUGGGGGUGUGUGUGCGUGCAUGUGUGUGCGUUUGGGUCAUACACACAGUACUUCUCCGUCCUCUGUCUAGUUCUCUGCCAGCUCUUUAGAAAAUGUAUUUUUAAAGGUGGAAUCCAUCUUUAGAAGAAGAAUCAAAAAAAGAAAAAAAAACAUUCCACGGGUAUAUAUAAUUAUUUGUAAUAAUUUUGAAUGACAGCACAAACCAAAAACAUAUAUUGAUAUCUUUAUCUUAAUGAGAAGGGGGGGAAAAAUAUAUCAGAAUAUGACGGCAAUAUAUUGAAAUAUUAUCAAUCAAUUUUAAAUAGAAUAUUUAUUUAUCAUAAUGAUAGUUUAUCUUUUAAAAAUGAAAAUGAGGUGUGUUUACCCUGAACUGAGAGCAGUGUGUUACCCUGUUUGCUUCUUUCCAUUCCACUGUCUGUGUGUCUUACACUGCAAAAACACUCAAUCUCACCAAGUAUUUUUUCUACAGCAAAUAUCUUAGUACAGUUGAAACGAGACGAAACUGACUUACAACUAACUUUUCAGCAAUGAACAAUUCCUUGAUAUUGAUGAAAAAGUGGCAGAUAAUUUCACUUAAAACAUUCCCCCUAUGUGAUAAAUGGAAUAAUCUGUCAAUUGGAACGAGCAAUUUUUAUUAAUCUUAAGGAAUUGUUGACUCAAAAUAGCCAUUAAUGUAUUUUGUAUUAUUUCAAGUGUGCUGAGAUAUUAGCUCAUGAAACUAGAGCAGCAAUACUUCAGAGUUGGUGUUUUUCGCGGUGCACAUUUAGCUCUGCCACAGUGUUCACAUGUCAAAGUCCCGUCCAGCUUCAUGUUAUCAGCGUCAAAGCUAGUGGAGGAGAUUACGGUCGAAAGGUUUGCGACAAAACGGCUAGAAAAGAUCCGGAUUAAGCUAAUCUAUCUUUUUAUUCCACGUUUGUUUUUUUUUUUUUUUUUUUUUUUUUUAGCAAGUGUUCAAAUAAGAGAUUUGGAACAACUUGCUCCUAUUUAUGAUUUUUGUUUUGGGGUUUGUUUGUUUUUUUUGUAGAUCAGUGCUUGCAAAUGUUCUCGUAUAGUAAUGCAGGAAUACGGAGAGCUAUAUGUUAUUAAAGAUACAAAAAAAAAAAUCUGAGCACUGGUUUGCUUAAAGCAUGUCUCAUGGGUUUUUCAAAAAAAAUCUUUCUGCGUAAGAAAAACAAGUAGCAAGUCGAACAAAUGGUAACUACACACGAAUAUAAAUGCAAUGCUUGAUAUUCAGCAAUACUUUGUAUAAAAAACCCCCAGGAAGUUCACUGAAGUUGGAGGGGAGGGAUUGGAGCAAUGACAGGCCAACUGUCAUUUUUUUAUUAACUAAGCUGCACCUUCUCAGUCCAACCCGCCCUGCUGAUUCAGUGAUUUCACACAUUGAGGAGCAAAAAACAGAAACAAAAAAAAAAAUUUGCCUGUCAGCAGCGACAGUUUCGGGUUUUAUUCUGGUUUUUAUUGGGUCUUAAACGGCAUCUCCUUUCAUGCAGUCCUGCUCAGCUUUGUCCUACGAAACGUAAGAAAGAUGUCCCACUUCAGCAGCUGCAGAUCUCGAGGCGUGGCAGAAAAUCUGGGAUGCAUUUCCAUGGACCUAAGCCUUAAGACUGCGCCGAUGGACGGAGCGAGAAAUGAAAGGAGAUGCCAGGCUGUGAAGGAACACUGCGAUGCAAAGUUGAGUUUUUAAUCAAACGUUCGUCAUAGUUAGUUUCUAAGUUCGGACUGAGAGCAGAGAUUUACUGAUUCUUCUCCCUACGUGGCGGUAUUGUUGUUGUUCCUCGAUAUCCUCACUGUGCCGGUGAUGUUUUUCGGAGUAGUAGCAGACUCCUCUCAGAGGACAAGCCGGUCUGAUUCGGAGCGAAAGACAUUCUACUCGUGAAAAACCUUCGACUGUCCUGGUCCUCCCGAUGGAGAAAAAAAAAACGAAAAAAAAAAAACGUUUUUUUGACGUAAACUGUGGUUGUUUUUUUCGUUUUCGUUCAUUCUUUUCCUGAUUUCAUAUAGCCCUACCUUUUCUAAUCAUGAAUGUAUGACGUGUGAUUUUUUUAUAAUAGCAUACUAAUUUAGGUGUCGGAAACAGAAUCUGUAAUUUUGUCAAAAAGAUCAGCUAUAUUUGUAAGCUGUAAUAUGUAUAAAACUGAGAAAAAAUGAUUAUCAAACAGAAUGUGUUGGUUUACUAUAGUAUAUAUAUAAAAAUAUAUAUAAACUGUAUACCGAAAAAGAGAAACUCAAGCUGUUUGCCAAAUAAAAGUAAUAGUGAUGUUAAUAUUUC